CUUGGGCUGCCAUUCACCUGGAGGGGCGGAGUGAGAACCCCGAGUAUACGUUUCUGAAACCUGAAGCCAGGAAAAAAAAAAAAUUGGAGCCCGAGGGUGGGGUGCAGCUUGUUACACAGGUAGAAGGCGGAACCAGGGAGAGGGUUCACCUUGGGCUGAAGCGGUACAUGGAAGUGCGUGGACACCUGACCCGAGUGGAGGGGGAAGAGAUCGGCAGUCGGACUCCCGGAGGUAGGGAAAGGGGAGAAAGGAGGAAGGGGUCGCCCCGGUUCUUGGUUCCAGGGCUGGGAUUUCAGCCAGCUCAACGACGUCCGCCAGAGUGGGGCUAGCUGCCGCCAUGGCCUGGAGCGCGACGUCGCCCGGGGCCAACCAGCCAGACAACACAGCCUUUACGCAACAGCGCCUGCCGGCCUGGCAGCCGCUGCUGUCGGCCAGCAUCACCCUGCCGCUCUUUUUCUGCGUGGGCUUGGCCUUCAUCGGUUUGGGCCUAGGCCUCUACUACUCCUCCAAUGGCAUCAAGGAGAUGGAGUACGACUACACGGGCGAGCCAGGCACCGGCAAUUGCACGGCCUGCGCCCGGGUCGGGGAGCGAGUAGCCCCGCCCCACGCCAACUGCACCUGCCAGUGGUGCUUCUCACUGCCUGAGCUCUUCCAGGGCCCUGUGUUCCUCUACUAUGAAUUGUCCAACUUUUACCAGAAUAACCGCCGCUACGUGGUCUCGCGAGACAACGAGCAGCUCAGUGGGCUGGCGAGUGCGCUGCGUCACCCCGCCAAUGAGUGCGCGCCCUACCAGCGCAGUUCCACCGGCCUGCCCAUCGCUCCGUGCGGCGCCAUAGCCAACAGCCUCUUCAACGACUCAUUCAAGCUGCUGCACCAGCGCCAGCCCAAUGGCCCCUACGUCGAGGUGCCGCUGGACCGCACCGGCAUCGCUUGGUGGACAGACUACCACGUCAAGUUCCACAAUCCGGCACCCAUCAACGGCAGCCUGAAGCUGGCCUUUCAUGGCACAGCCAAGCCGCCCAACUGGCCUCGUCCAGUCUAUGACCUAAGCCCGGAUCCCAACAACACAGGCUUCGUGAAUCAGGAUUUCGUGGUGUGGAUGCGCACAGCAGCGCUGCCCACGUUCCGCAAGCUGUACGCACGCAUCCGCCAUGGCAACUACUCAGCUGGGCUGCCACGCGGGACCUACUGCGUGAAUAUCACCUACAACUAUCCGGUCCUCGCCUUCGGGGGCCAGAAGCGCAUCAUCUUCAGCAGCAUCUCGUGGAUGGGGGGCAAGAAUCCCUUCCUGGGCAUCGCCUACCUGACUUUUGGCUCCCUCUGCAUUGUCACUGGCUUCGUCAUGCUCGUCGUGUACAUCCGGUAUCAGGACGAGAAUGGCGACGGAGAUGACGACGAGUGACCCAAGCUGAGAAGCUGCUGGUAGCUGCUCUCUGCAGCUCCCUACCUCCUCCAUACCAUUUCUUACCGAGGUGUCUUCUUGCAAACGUUUUGAGCAAAUUUUUUACCUCCUUAAACACUUCCUUCUCGACCAUAACUUAUUUGUGAA